UGGAGUCUGCGAACAAUAGUGGUUAACUCGAGGGAAGGGCCAUGAAUUGAUUAGUUAUUUGUUGUCCUUGGAGUGAGAGUGUGUGUAUACGAACACGUUGAGUGAGAGAAACUACUUUUGAAGAGGAAACCUAUGUAAGCAACAAGUUUGGAUUUAGCCUUUAGGGGUAUAAUUUACUUUUUAAGCCAAGGAAAUUAAAACUUUGUGAGUGGGAUGGCAAACACGAAAACACACCCAGUCAACGCCGGUUCACUGCAAUUGGAACACGACAUUACCCCUCGGGACCUUCAUCACAUCAACACAAUUGGCCUAUCCAAAUCCAAUGACCUAAGCGACUCCCACAGAUUCAAAGGCUUCCCAGACUCAAAUUUUGCCCAGGGGAGAGAUCCCCUCCGUGGUUCACCCAAACCAAUCCCCACAGUAACGCACAGAAAACCCCAACAUUUUGUGAAAGGCGUUCCUUUGGAUCACAAACUACCAAAUAAUGUAGUUAGCAGCGAUGGGACAUCAUUGGAGAACGGGAGACCGAACGUGAUAUCCAAAAAUGGAGUGCAGUAUGGUUCUGAAGAACACCACAAAACACCCAAUGUUCGGAUGUCGGCCAAGAAGAAAACCCCUUUCUGGAAUGAAGAUAGAUCUUCUGCUGAGGUGAGAAAGAAGGCGAGACAGAUGACAGAGGCAGAAUGGGAUCAAGACCAAUGGAAGAAUAUGAAGAAAGAGCAAUUGAGAACAGACGUGGACACAAAGAAGAAGGAUCUUCAGAUGCUGAGGGAGUAUAAACCAUUUGGAAGACCAGGAGCUGGAGCCCCACGAAGAGAACAAGAAAGCUAUAGAACAAAGGCUGUACAUAAUGAACAACUUAACGAUGGACCAGAAAUUCUUAAAUUCCUUCAGUUUGGUAAGCCAGGCAACGGAGCACCGAUCCGCACAGACUCUGGCAAUGUGAAGACAAGCAUCCGAUCAAACAUUGAUAUUAGGUUCAGAGAUGGAGUGGGAAUGAGAAGAGGGGUUGAGAACAACACGCGCUAUACCAACGCCAAGGAGUUUGGAGACAAAGUGAACACAGAGUUAGGAGAUUUACAAAAGAACCUUGAAGGAAACAUGGCAUUAGAAAAGAGAACCGUAAAAGAAAUGGAGAGACAGAUUGAGAAAGCAGAAGAGAGGAAAACGUGGGACUACAACCCCUAUGGAAAAUCUGGUGCAGGUGCUCCAAUUAAGACCGACUCAGGUAACCUUAUGACUGGGAGAGCCAGGACUCUUGCCAAAGACCCACUGGAACUAAAACAGAUUGAAGAAAAACCCUACAUGAAGAAACUUGCACCAGGAGAAGGAAAUACUGUAGUUUACAACCCAUGGGGGAAAGGGCAGGGGGCUCCAGAGAGGGAUGCAUUGGGAAACUCCAAGAAGCUGACCUGGGGUGAUGCCAAUACCGCUCCAGAAAACUUUGUACCCGUCAGCACGGGAGUUGCCAUGGAAACCAAACCAUUUGGAGGUGGGGGUCAUCAGAUUGACGAGAAGGGAGAGAAGAAAACUCGUUUCCAUCAAACUCUUCAAAAUUCUUCAAAUCCAGGAGGAAGUUUACGUGGCCCUCUUCGUCAGACAGAGGUCAUCAUCGAGGAUGGGGCAAAGAAAGAUCCCAGUGAGCCAUGGGGUCGACCAGGAGGGGGCGCACCCCUGUUCUUACCCAACGGUAGCGUGAAUGCUACUAACAGGGGUAAAGCCGUCAUGGACAUGAUGGGGAUUGACCCGCCCAAAAGAGAGGAGGUCAAGGCCAAGCAGGAAUACCUCAAAACACUCAAAACUGAGAUUGAUUACCAGAAGAGCCAGAGACAGCGUGAAGCUAAGGAAGUGAUGAAACCAGGAGGUGAGACGGUUAACUGGAUCAGAAGCAAAGAGGUUGGAUACCGCAGCAGAGACCCAACUACAGGAACAGUUCUACCGGUCCACCACAAGGCUACAUCCGAUAUCACCAGACAUGUGAUGGACAUUAGAAGACCAACUCUAGAUGUACAGGACUAUCGUACAGACUUGGUCCAUCAGGCUGAGCAGAGGAUACGUCAGAAGGACCUAGAACGAGAGGUUUCUAGGCAAGAGGUUUCACAGCAUCAUCAGACCUUCAAGCAGCAAUGGGGCAGACCUGGCAAUGGCGCCCCCUAUGAUCCAGCGAUGAAGAGGCAUGCUCUCGAUCCGGACACAUUAAAACAGACGAGAAGGGUACCUGAGCCAGCCAUGCCCUGGGUCCGUACCAAGGCCCUGGAGAGCAGGUUCCGAGACCCUAACUACCAGCCUACUGUGCCCCGCCAACAGCCCAUGGUACUGGAAUCUACUGGAGUUGCGAAUGGACCAUAUCAACUCAGGGCACCAUGGGGAGCUUACUCUGUCUAGACCUUACUCUCAACGAAAGAGUGCCAAAAAGAAAAAAAAAGAAAAAAAAUGAAAUAUUGAAAAUUAAAAAAAAGAAGAAAAAGAAUAUGCUUCCUAAAAACAAUACUGUACAUUCCAACAAGCUUUUUACACAGUUGUAAAUUUGGACAAUAUUUGUUUUUAAAGUUGCUAAGCAGGAUCAGUUCCAUUGAUUAUUCUGAUUUGAAUGAAUUAGUCAAUCCAUUAAUCAUUGAUGUAUUUACACUAUUAUUUUUCUUUUAUACCGGAAAUGUGAUGAUAGACUUUUUCUUUUUUUUCCAGGAAAGAUUAAGAUCAAAUAGUACUUGAAAUUGUACCAAUUAUUUAAAGAUAAAUUACCAGCUGGUGUAUUAUAGUACACACAAAUAUAUUGCUUUGUAUAAAUUAUUUGUAUAUAACUUGUAAAUAUAUAUUGUAAAUAUGAACAAGGCAAUCUGUGUCUUCUAUUUGUUUCUGCAUGUAUAUAUGGUACAGUUUUUCAAGACAUAAAUGAUAUCUUCCAAUAUGCCACAUAAUGCUGUACAAUAAGAGGGUCUAAUUGUCAUUGUUGAAUGCAACAUACAUUUUGGUAAAGGUAACAUUUAAGAUUGGCUAUGUGAGCCAAAAAUACUUGAUCUUAUGCAAAUUGAGUAUCCAUGGAAAUAGAUGUGUGCUUAAUGCAACAGGGUCUUCAUAUUAUGUGUGCUUGAAAAAAAAUAAUGAUUAUUUAGUUAUGAACAUUAUAUAUUUAUAAACAUUAUAUAGUUAUGCAUAUGAUAGAAUCAAGGGAAAUCACUAUUUUUAGUUGAUUCUUUUUAAUUAAAUGAUUAGGAGUAGAUUACAUUUUUAAUCAUGUUUAGUACCAUAUAUUAGACAUGUAUUUUUAUGUCACAAGACUGCAAAUCCUAUGCAAGUAUGUUUGUUUCGUUGGUAAAAAAAGAUGCGAUAGUUGUGUAUUUGUGAUGUAUGCUGUAUAUUGCCUGUUUAAAGAGGUUUUGUAAUGUUAGCAAUAGUUUUGCUGAAAUAUGUUGUCACUUGUCUUGCAUCUUAAUGUUUGUUUGCUUGCAUUGUUUUAAUAUGCUCUUUACACGAAACAGUCUUUCAGGGAUAUAGCAAGUAUGAUUAGAAGAGUGAUUAGAUUUGAUGACUUGCCAGCACUUUCAAAUGGUAUAGAUUAAUUAUGAAUACUGAUUAACAGAUCAAUGUGCUAUACAUCUUUUAUGUAGCAAUGGUUUGUUAUGUAAUAAGUUUAUUGAACAAAUCAUGGUGGAUGUCAUUAUAAAAAUUGCAUAUGGUUAUUUGAGCAAAAUAGAGAGGCAAGUAUUGUGCUGCUUUUUCCAAUGUUAAACAAUACAAAAGCUUAAUUUUCUUUUAUUCACAAAUAAGCCAGUGAAUUGGCUUGCAAUAACCAAAAACUAAAGUUGCAUGAACAUUAUAAUUUGGACAAAUAUCUGGAAAGAAUUCACAAUUGACAAAUCAUUCAAUUUCAAUGUUUUUCAGAUAAUAGUUUGAUUUGAGGUAAAUCUGUGCAAUAGCAAAUACAUUUUGGCCUGAGAUUUCUUUUCUAUAAUGCAAGUACCAGCUUGUAUCCUUUCUAGAAAAUCUGAGUAAACUAAGAAAGAUUUUAAAGCUUUUUGCACAUUUCCUUUUUAAUAUUCAAGCUUUCACUAUCAUCGAACAUUGGAUACUUGUAUACUGAUACAACUUUGUUCUUAAACUUAAAAAUUUAUAUAUUGAGAAUAUUUCUCCAAAAUAUUUGUAAGAUGUGCAGUAUGGUUUUGUAUUUGUUUUCAUUCAAAUUAUGUGCUGUAAUUAUAACUGUUUUUUAAAAUGUAAAUAUAGGAAAUUAUAUAUAAUACUUGCAUCUGUUAAAUUUAUGCAAUAAAUAUUUCCGUACAUGUA